UAAAAAAAAAUAAAUAAACGGGGAGGAGACUUCGUUACCUUUGACAUUGACACUGUGCCGUUGCACCUCUGUACAUAUUGCACUAAUGUUUUUGUGUUGAUUUUGCAGUUACACAUUGUUUACUUCCUUAAAAAAGAAAAGAAGAAAAGAAAAAGAAAAGUGAUCACGCCAGUAUGCUGUAAAGUGUAUACAAUGUGAAUGCAGCCGGAUUGUGUAUGACCUACUGGCACUGACACCUGGUGAGCGAGUUUUCUCAUUUGCAUAUGAAUAAAGGUCAAGUGCUGAGUAAGCACCUGAAGUUUGGGAUUCGAACAAGCAAGAAGUUGUUCUCUCCUUCUUGUCAUGGCGCAAUACUUAUGCAAGGCAGGUAUGGAUUAAAGAGGAGCUGGGAUUCGAUAAGACGUACGAAAGCGUAGAAGAAAAGAUAACACGCAAUCUAAAUAUGCAUGUCCUACUUAGAUUUCUGUCGAGGUAGCAAAAUAGUGGCCAGGUGGUCGCAUUACAGUUUUAAAACCCUUCCAGCAAUGAGCAAGAGAUCCGCGUGAUACCAUUAGUCAUGGAGAUGCACACCAUUGAGAAAUUACAGUCGGAUCAAACUUUUGUCAGCUCCGACGAUGAUGCGCCUGUUGAAUACCAACUGGAGGAAAAAUUUGAAGACGGUCGCAUGGGAAACUCGGAAGAAGUGUCCUUGCUCUAUCCUCUAGACAAAUGUCCCCCCGUGGCUGUUACCAUCAUUUUAGCUAUUCAGCAAGUGGUGAUGUGCAUCACGGGCACGAUGUCGCUGCCGUUAAUACUGAGCGGGCUGCUUUGUCAAGAGGACAACUACGAACUGCUUGCGGAGUUACAGAGCACCGCCAUUUUUGUAUCUGGCUUGGUGUCGGUGUUACAGUGUACCAUAGGGAUACGACUUCCCAUUAUCCAAGGAGGAAGCCAUUCCUUUGUGGCGCCGAUGAUCGCCAUGUUGUCCCUGGAGAGGUUCAGGUGUCCGGAAACACCAGAAGCAACCCUGAUGGCCAACACAACGUUAGGAAAUUUGUCGUCUGCUCGGGACGCCAUGUCUGAUGUGCAGUGGCAGGACCGUUUGAAUGUCGUACAAGGAAGUCUCAUGGUGGCGUCUAUUGUACAGAUAUUCCUUGGGUGCACAGGCGCCAUUGGUUUUCUACUGCAAUACAUUGGACCCCUCACAAUCGCUCCUACCAUCACUAUGAUUGGACUGUCUCUCUUCUCCGUGGUGUAUAAAUAUUCUCAGGCACACUGGGGAAUGUGGGCACUCUCUUGUGCCAUUGUAUUCAUCAGUGGAGUAUAUUUGAGGAAGAUACAAGUACCAUUUGUGUGGUGGUCUCGUAAGGAAAAAUGCCACAAAGUGUCCUGUUAUUUAUUCGUGUUACUACCGGUUGUAUUCAGUAUCGUCAUCACGUGGCUAGCGUGCUGGAUUCUCACGGCCACCGGCUCUCUGCCAGAUGACCCGAAGGCCGUACAGUACAAAGCGCGCACUGACGCAGGAUUGGUAGGGAUUCGGAACGCUAAGUGGUUCUUCUUUCCAUAUCCAGGACAGUAUGGUACACCAGUCAUAAACGCUGGCGGCGUGUUUGGUAUGAUAGCAGGGACAUUGGCAUCUGUCGUGGAGUCGGUAGGAGAUUACUACGCCGCGGCCAAGCUAUGUCAGGUGCCAGCACCCCCAGCACACGCCGUGAACCGAGGCAUGUUGGUGGAGGGGCUGGGAAGCGUCCUCUCCGGCUCCCUGGGGAUGGGGCACGGCACAACAUCGUAUAGCAAUAACGUCGGUGUGAUAGGAAUUACCAAGGUGCGGUUUUAG